AUGUGCUCGAAAAAGAAAUCAGUGCAGCAUAAGAAACAAAAGAAGAAGUCCAAGUUAAAUUUUGUGACGGAAAACCAGGACUGUUCAGAUGACGACAAUGAAAAUGAACAUUGGCCUAUUUUCUCACUGUCAGGGGAAAACAGAGGAGUCAAAGCAAUGAAGAUUUCGGUAACACUGGAAGAUGUACCUAUUGAAAUGGACUUGGACACUGGUGCCUCUAUUUCAGUGAUAUCAGAACAGUUGUACCACACUCACUUACAGAACAAAGUGACAUUGUGUCCUAGUGAGGCUAUUCUGAAGACAUAUUCAGGUGAAAUGUUAGGAGUGUUGGGUGAAGUGAAAGUGAAAUAUCAAACACAGAUGAAAACUUUACCUGUUGUUGUUGUGAAAGGAAAUGGACCAGCAUUGUUUGGUAGGAAUUGGAUGGAAUUUAUAAAACUUGACUGGCAUUCAAUCCAUUUUAUGGCUGGUGACUUGAAAAAGUAUUCUGUGUUCGACAACAAACUCGGAUGCAUUAAAGGAGUUACAGCUUCCUUAAAGGUCAAGGACGACGUGGAACCAAAAUUCUUCAAGCCGCGACCAGUACCAUUUGCAUUGCGCGAUAAAAUUUCCAAGGAAUUAGAUAGACUUGAGGGGACUGGUAUCUUGGAGAAAGUAGAGUGUUCGGACUGGGCUGCUCCAAUAGUACCCGCAAUGAAGGCUGAUGGGUCAGUACGCAUUUGUGGUGGCUUUAAAGUUACCCUGAAUCCUUACCUGGCUAUCCCAGAGUACCCUUUCCCAACAAGCGAAGAAUUAUUUACCAAACUCAAUGGUGGAGAAAAGUUUUCUAAGCUAGAUCUGUCUCAAGCUUAUAACCUAGUAGUAUUGGAUAAGGAGUCCAGAAAGUAUGUGACUAUUAAUACUCAUCAAGGAUUGUAUCGGUAUACUCGCUUACCUUUUGGUAUUGCGUCAGCCCCAGCUAUUUUUCAGCGUACCAUGGAUACCAUUCUUCAAGGUCUGGACAAGGUUGGAUACAUACUUGAUGAUAUACUUGUUACCGGUGUUAACGACAGUGAACACAAACAGAUUCUGGAAACUACACUUCAACGAUUAGACAAUUAUGGUGUGAAAAGUCAAAAGUCAAAGUGUCAGUUCAUGCAAGACCAAGUUGAGUACUUUGCUUUUAUUGUGAGCAAGGAGGGGAUUAAGCCUUCACCAAAGAAACUCGAGGCAAUCAGGAACAUGGAGGAUCCAAAGUCCAAGAAGGAACUUCAGACAUGGUUAGGAAUAGUGAACUACUAUCGGAAAUUUGUACCAAACAUGUCAACACUAAGUGGACCACUCACACAUCUGUUAGCUCAAGAUGUUACCUGGAACUGGACCCAAGAAUGUUCUGAAGCUUGUGCAAAGAUCAAGGAUCUGCUAGUUUCUUCUCAAGUUAUGGCUCAUUAUAACCCUCACAAACCACUGGAGUUAGCUGUUGACGCUUCUGGAUAUGGACUCGGUGCCGUGAUCUCCCAUACCGACCUUGCAAAUGAAAAACCCAUUGCGUAUGCUUCUCGAACCUUAACUGCUGCUGAGAAGAAUUAUUCGCAAAUCGAAAAGGAAGCCCUUGCGAUAAUCUUUGGAGUGACCAAAUUGCAUUCCUAUUUGUAUGGACGGAAGUUCACCCUUAUCACCGACCAUAAACCAUUAACUACCAUAUUUGGACCAAAGAAAGGCAUUCCUGUCUUGACCGCUUCUCGACUACAGCGUUGGGCAUUGCAACUAGCUUCUUACCAGUUUGACAUUAAAUACAGAGCAACUGGAAAACACCAAAAUUCGGAUACUCUAUCACGAUUUCCGAUGAAUCUGAUGGAUGAUUCAAGGACACAACUUGACAAAGAGACAGAACUAAUACACAAGAUACAGAUCAAAAACUUACCUGUGACUGCAGAUAAAGUUGCCGCUGCAACAAAGAAUGAUGUUGUCUUGUCUCGUGUCAUUGAGUUUACAAGAAAUGGUUGGCCAAGUUCACAACCUGACAUAAACUUAUUACCAUACUUUAGAGUACGCAGUGAGUUAACCAUUGAAGAUGGAUGUUUGCUGAGAGGGAUCAGAGUUGUCAUCCCUGAAAAGUAUCGACAAGAUGUACUUGAGGAGUUACAUGUGGCUCAUCCAGGAAUGGUCCGGAUGAAAUCAUUAGCCAGACUUCAUGUAUGGUGGCCUGGAUUGGACCCAGACAUUGAGACCAAAGUCUCACAGUGUGGACCGUGUAGGAUGCAGUUACCAAACUUACCUAAAGCUCCAGCGAAUCCAUGGAUAUGGCCGAGCGCACCCUGGAAACGAGUGCAUAUCGACUUUGCAGGACCGUUUAUGCAGCGUAUGUUUUUGAUAAUCGUGGAUGCAUAUUCCAAAUGGAUGGAUGUAGUGAUGAUGAAUUCUACUACUUCUGAGAGUACUAUUAAUGCAUUGCGAUAUCUAUUCUCCUCAUAUGGACUACCAGUAGAGAUUGUGUCAGACAAUGGACCGCAGUUUGUGUCCGAGGAAUUUGAAACUUUUCUGAGGGAGAAUGGAGUGCGGCACAUCAGAUCUGCGCCGUACCAUCCUGCAUCGAAUGGAGAGGCAGAGAGGGCGGUGCGUACAUUCAAACAAUCAAUGAAGAAUAUGGCAAGCGAGACCGGAACGCUAAAUCAGAAACUUGCAGCAUUUUUGUUAUCAUAUCGUACAACACCCCAUACGACGACAAAUAAAACACCAGGGGAGUUAUUUCUUAACCGAAAAUUACGAACAAGAAUAGAUGUUGUGAAACCACAGCUCACAGAUCGAAUUCAGAGAAAAUCUGCGCCAGCUGUUGCUAAGAAGACUAGAAUAUUUCAGACUGGUGAAAGAGUAAUGAUACGUGAUUACCGUGGUGGAAAAGUAUCGUGGAUCGACGGGAUAAUUACACGUAAACUUGGACCUGUCACAUACCGUGUAAAUGUCAGAGGUAUGCAGUGGAAACGACAUAUCGACCAGAUUCGUGAAUUGGAUGUUCAGUGCGCGUUAAACAACUCCGAACCAGUGAAACAGAAUUCGUUUUCCAGUAUUGUGCCUGUUAGUGUACCAUUUGAGAGUCGAGUGGAACCGCCAGAGAAACCGUCUACCGUCAAGUCAACUUGUGUUCCGACUUCUCAGGAUUCGGUGUCAAAGCCUAUUGAAUCAGAAAUAAUCCACGAUUCCACACCAUCCGUUGUUGCUGAGGAUACCAAUCACACUCAACCGCGAUAUCCACGACGAGAACAUCGAAGGCCGCAGAGACUGAUUGAACAGUGUUAA